AUGAAUUUUGCCUUCGAAAAGCGGACUCCCAAAUUGGAGAGUCACCAUCCAUCCGCGGGCAAUAUCCCGGGGGAUUUGACACACUUGACCAAAGGAGACAACCCCAUCUCGUUGGGCAAUUCUCAGAGGAAAGGCGAAAACGCUAGACCGGACGGUCGGUUGCUCCGUGCUCUUGUAUAUCGAAGUACUUCGUCCAAGAUCUGUUUUCGUUUCUUUAAUAAGAGAAAUUUCACUGCAAUUUCGCAAUAUCUAGCAAACAUGUUUGCAUGUAUCAAACCUCUCGCAGUCCUCCUUUGCCUCACCUCCAGAUUUUCUACGCUGGCUGCCCCACAACUUAACAUUAGAGCCAUCUCUUCACCUGCCGAGAAAGAAAAUCGAGCGCUUGACCCGUCAAUCAUCGAGACACGAAACGAUGACUCCUAUUUGAGAAACGCCUUGUCGCCGAAGAUAUUUACUCGCAACCUCGUCGCCCGUUCAGCCGGAUUGCUGUGGGGACCUGUAAACGUGGGCAACCUGAAGCUCAGUCUAACGAAUCCGCAUGAGGGAUAUGCGGGCCCAAAGUUUCCCAAUGCGAACCACGUAAAUUUCCACGUUGAUAGGCAGGAUCCGGGUCCAAGGGGAACGUAUACUGCAGUAGUCAACAUGCAUAUCGUCAAGUACUCUAGAUCUGGGCUUGGCGGUGGGGGCGGUUCCUGGAAACGUGAGCAGCUUGCGAAGAGGGACGGUGAGCUCUGCUUGUACGCAUGGGAUAGCGUCACGGAUACUGUCGUUUAUGACAACUGUUUCGACGAUGAUAUCAUGGAUGCGAUCGGUGAGGCUGUCGGCGCCAUCAAGGAUUUUGUGGACGAAUUACUAAGGAAUGCGGAUACCAUUGCAUAUCUCGUCAUUAUUGCCGCCCUGACAGCGGCGCUGAUUGCGGCCAUCUCGAGUUUGGCGGUCGUUGCAGUAGCCUGA